GUCCCGGCGCAGAGCUGGCCAAGCUCGUUCACCAUUACGUUGUCCUGUUGCUGCUGCUGCCCCAGUCCCUCGUUGCCCAUCGUGUAAAUACCUGUCGGCGCACCAAACUGCCUCUCCAAUCCCUCCUCUCUUCCUCAUCCCCUCGCAUCUACAACCUCUGCGUCCCUGCAAUCCCACCACCUUCGUCCCACCUCUACCGCAAGACGUUCCUCCGUCUUUGCUCGCGACCUCACCCGACAGCCCAAUCUCACAAGACCGGGCCCUCAGCUUCGCACGAGCCUGAACGUCCACCACACCCACCACCAAACGUCACCACUAGCCGUAGCUGCAAACAUGACGCUCUACUACACUCUCGUCUUCUUGCUACUUGUAGCAGAGAUGGCUCUUUUCAUGCUGCUCGUCAUUCCACUCCCCUUCUCCCUCCGCCGGAGAAUCUUCACCUUCAUCUCAGGAAACCCCCUCAUAGCAAAACUGCAGUAUGGGUUGAAGAUCACCUUCAUCUUCAUCCUCAUCCUCUUCAUAGACAGCGUGAACCGCGUGUACAGGGUGCAGGUCGAGCUGGCUUCGGCCACCGACGGCUCCAAGGGAACCGCUGCCGUCAUGGGCCAUGAACGUCUCGAGGUCCAGGCCCGCAAGUUCUACAGUCAGCGCAACAUGUACCUGUGCGGCUUCACCCUGUUCCUCUCCCUCAUCCUCAACCGCACCUACAUCAUGAUCCUCGAGACCCUGCGCCUCGAGCAGAAGCUCAAGAAGUACGAGGGCACCGACGCCAACACCAAGCAGGCCGAGAAGCUCGCCCAGGCCGGCGAGGGCGGCGAGAUCGCCGGCUACAAGCGCCAGCUCGAGAAGAAGGACAAGGAGAUCGAGGCCCUCAAGAAGCAGGCCGAGGGCCUCUCCCGCGAGUACAACGACCUCUGCGAGAAGUACGGCGCCACCCAGCCCGCCGCCGGUACCCGCAAGGACAAAUAAAGCGAUCGUCGGGAAGAAGCCGUGCGGCUGGUCUCGCCUUCGGACGUCUACAGAUAGUCAGAGGAUAUGCACAGGCUCAGCCGCCGACCUAUUUUGUGGAACCCGUUCAACAUGUGUCCGGCUGCUGCUCGCACCAGAGAAGGGAUUGCUCAAGGGACUCGGAGAACAAAAAACACACCGGUAUAUGAAAGCUUGAGCUAUGUCUCAUGAAGCCCAACGUUAUAUGAUAGCAGAGUGAAGAUAGGAAGAGCAAGAAUUUGAUCUCUCCAUGAAAAGUGUCAACAGUGGCAAAUAUGAUUAUUGUCAGAUCACGUAUGCCGCACCACAUUCCAAUGUGCAUUCAAAUGCAGAGUGGCACUAAGCGACUCACGUUUGGCAAAUGGUUCCAUGACGAGUCCAAACAUCAUCGUGGAGGCUUGAGACGGUCAUACAGGCGCCAAGUCUCCGAAGGGGAGGUCGAGGAAGCAGUCAAAGGGUAUAUUCGUGCGUGUAAC